AUGCUGGAUAUCAUCGGAGCCGGCGAGAAUACCACGACCUUCUCGUGGGAAGCUCAGCCGCAGCACCGUGGCACGUUUGGCAUCCUCUCGACAUGCUUCGUCACGUUGGCCCUGUGCACGUGGAAGAUCGUGCAUCUGAACCUGCCUGGCAUCUGCCCGGACGACGAUCUCGACUGGUCGGACUGGUGGACGGUGGACAGGACGGUGCGGCACAAGCUUGUGCAUAUUUGCGGAGGCCAUCAGCUCGUGCGCCAGAUCGGCUGGUUGGUGAUUGGCCUGUUCGCGCCGGAAUUGAUUGCGUUUGCGGCAUUCAAGCAAUACUGGGAUGCACGGAACCUGCAAAGAUAUAUGGAGGAGGUCUAUCUGGAGCAGAAUAAAGGCCCGAGCUGGUGGCCGGCUAUCCUGAGACCAAGGACCACUCCAGUCGAUGUUGAGUCAAACGAUGACGACAAACCCGUCUGGACCAUGACGCACAGUUUCUACGCCGUCAUGGGGGGCUUUACUUACACGCUCCGGGAUGGCUCAAGGGUGUACCUACCUGAUGAUCGUAACCGCGAGCAGCUCACUCUCAGACAUGAAGCCCUUCGUUUCGUUGCGAAAUACGAGCCUUCCCUCAUCCCAAAGCUAACCGUCAAUGCCAUCAGAGACAAGAGCAAGGCGAGUGCCUUUGUCAAGAUCAUUACUCUCUUCCAAGCGAUCUGGUUCAGUCUUCAGUGCGUCGUGAGAAUGGAGCAGGGCUUGUCGAUAUCUCUCCUCGAACUCACCACCUUUGCGCACUGUAUUUGCGGUCUGCUGGUAGGAGCCUUCUGGCUGCAGAAGCCACUCAGCGUCCAAGAGCCGAGCCCGUUGGAGAUGCCCCGGUCGAUACGGCAACCGCACUGGCUUAUGGCCAUGCUCUACACCCUCAGCAGCUUCGACCACAGACUCUCAGACGACGACCGGUACCGCAGAACAGCCAAACCGUUCCGCAGGCCAGAGCGCACGAACGUGUACACGGAAGAAGACGGCGAGCUGCACAAGACGGCCAGCCAGCUCGACCUAUCCCUCCCGCCCACCACCGAGGAGCCUUCCGAGCCAAGCAGCAGAAGCAAUAGCCAACCACCUCCUUCUUCCAACAAGCGGCGCCAAUCCCACAAACUGAACCCCGCCCGCGCCGUCCCCCACGGCGUCCGCGCCCAGAAACUCUCUCCCACCGCACCCACCGGCACCGCCGCCAAAGCCGUUCCCCAUCACCUGCAUCACGACCCCCACGACGAAACCGCCGCCGACCGCCGCUACGCCAUGCGCAUGCGCCUCGCGCAAAAAGGAUGGAACCACUACAUCCUCGCGCCGGCCUCACUCAACACCGACGCGCUCAACCCGCAAGACGGGCCGGCGCUGCAGCGGCGGCUGAAGCGCGACCUGCGCGACGCGCUGGUCGACCGCGUGCCGAACUUCCCGCGGCGCAGCCAUUUGAGGGGAGUGACGCUGCGCACGCACGUCGCCGUCACGCUGACGGGCUUCGCGUACGGCGCGCUGCACCUGCUGGCGUGGUACGCGCCGUUCCGCACCGAGGCCGAGCGCGUGCUGUGGCGGGUCGCGGCGCUGAGCGUCGCGGCGAGCGGGUUGCUCGUGCCCGUCGCGCGGGUCGAGGGCGUGGUGAGCGAUGCGGUUAGGCCGUUUUUGCUGGAUGAUCAUGAGAGCGAUGUUGAGGAGGCGGAGAGGCUGGCGGCGUUGGGGGUGAGGGGGUUCGUGAAGAGCUAUGAGAAGCCGCAUCAGGAUGCGGUGAGGCCGGGGAUUUUGGAGACGGUGGAGGCGGAGUUGGGGGUGGAGCGCGGCCGCAGUCGUGGUGGUGGUGGUGGUGAGAAGGCGGAGGUGAGCCAGGAUGCGAGGUCGGUGGUGUCGUCGUACGACGGGUGGAGGCAUUUCCGCGAUCUGGUGUUGAAGGCGGGGCUGGGGUGGGCGAUUGAGGUGUUGAGGGUGUGCAGGUUGGUUGUUUUGGUGGUCGUCGCGGCCGUCUACAUCGGGCUGCGGGUUUUCAUUUUCAUCGAGUGUCUGAUUAACAUUGGGAGCCUGCCGUCGUCGGCGUACGAUGUGGUGCAGUGGUCGCAGUACGUCCCGCACAUUAGCUAG